CGGGAAGCCUGGGAUAUAUAGUCUUACGCGCUUGAGGCUCGCUAGGCUGCUAGUUGGUGCCUGCGGUUGGUUUCGUCCCCGCUGUGCGCCCUCACUGUUCCGCUUUGGUCGUCUCUGCUGCCCCGGGGACUGACACCGUCCCAGGCCAACCCACAGGACCUUGGUUCUCCCGUCAGGCCCGCGACAGGGCUCGCUCAGGAUCAGGCAUGCCUGCCUAGAGGUGUGGCUCGGUGGUACGGAACUUAGGUCGGGUGUGCUUGGGCUGAGCUGAACUGCGCGGCGUGAGAACCUGCUGGACCGCCCUGCGCGCUAACCUGAGAUUACAAGAGCGCCAUUUUUCGGUACGGAAGUGACUGUGCAACCCUUUUGCCACGAAACCUUCCAGAAUAAUGUCAGGCCUGUUUUUCUUUGGGAAAAGGAGACCCCCAAAUAAGAUCGAGCAAGAUUUAAAAGGCCGAGACGAUAUUUCCUAACGCCAUGUCCAGGCCAUCCCUCAUCACAUUUACUCCAGCCACUGACUCCAGCGACCUCUGGAAGGAUGGGCAGCAGCAACCACAGCUUCAGAAGCCAGAGCCUGUGCUGGAUGGGACUGCAGCCCGGGCUUUCUACGAGGCUCUAAUUGCAGAUGAGAGUAGUUCCCCUAAGCCCCAUAGCGCUGGCCCUGUAAGGGAACGGAAGAAAAGAAGAGUGAGGAGCGCAGCAGUGGCAGCAGGAACCUCGGGGCAAGGAAGGCCACCAGAGGAUGAGGACAAGAUGACACAGUGGAUCCUGCUGGCAGCCCAGAAUGGGGAUCUGGCGGAACUUCGAAGGCUGCUGGAACCCCAAGAGGCAGGGGGAGCUGGAGGGAAUAUCAAUGCGCAUGAUGCCUUCUGGUGGACUCCCUUGAUGUGCGCAGCCAGAGCGGGGCAGGCGGCUGCUGUACGCUAUCUCCUGGGCCGAGGGGCUGCCUGGGUAGGAGUCUGUGAGCUGGGAGGCAGAGAUGCAGCUCAGCUAGCCGAAGAAGCAGGCUUCCCCGAGGUAGCCCGAAUGGUCAGAGAGAGUCAUGGAGAGACAAGAAGCCUUGAGAACCAGAGCCGGUCUCCUCCUUCCUCCCAGUUCUGCAAGGACUGUGGUGCCUACUUUGAAGAUUCAAACCACCACACAUCUACUGCUCACCUGCUGUCACUAUCUAGGAGUCCCCAGCCCUCCAACCUUCCCCUGGGGGUGCCCACCUCCAGUCCUGGCUUCAGGCUGCUGCUGAGGGGUGGCUGGGAACCAGGAAUGGGGCUAGGACCCCGGGGUGAAGGCCGCGCCAACCCUAUUCCCACUAUCCUCAAGCGGGACCAGGAAGGGCUGGGCUAUAGAUCUGCACCCCAACCCCGAGUCACACAUUUCCCAGCUCGGGAUACCCGGGCUGUGUCUGGGAGAGAAAGAGUACCUCGAGUUGCCACACUAAGUCAGAGGGAGAGCAGAAAGAGAGAAGAGAAGGGCAGAGCCUGGGAACGAAAUCUGAGAUUAUACAUGAACCUUGAAUUCUGACUGGUGCAGUCUGUCCUGUUGUGACUCACUGGACUUGGAUCCCUGGCUUGGGCACUUGGACUUCUACUUCCUGGGAUCUGCCCAGAUGCCAGAACUUCAGGUUUUGUGGGCUCUGCUUUUAGAGAGUAAGGGCUGAGAGAGAAAUAAACUUUCUUCAUUGU